UUGUGUGUAUUUUGUUACGUGUGCGUCAGAGAACAUUAUACGGGAUCGCCCAAAAUGGAGUGAGGGAGAAUCUUGCCGAACGUCAGCUACGGAUGAUGGGGUUUGCAUGAAGGAGGAGGAAUGUGAUCAAGCUUUUGUUAACGGUUUGCCAUUCGACGCCCAUGAUAGCAACUGCAGACAAAAUCCGUUUACACAUGUUUUAUGUUGCGAACCUUUUCUGAACUAUUGUAAAAAUAAGGUACAUCCACACAUUAUCGGUGGCGAAGAAGCCCCUCCAGAUUCGUUUCCUCACCUUGCAAGAAUAGGAAACAAAGACGAUGGCAUUCGGUGGAAAUGUAGCUCGAGUAUAAUCUCCGAUCAGUUCCUGCUUACUGCUGCUCACUGUUUGUCGGCCGAUGUUGCUGGAUUGGGAUGUACCAGUGCAAAAGAGUGCAAUCAAGUUAUUGACGUGGAGAAAUUCAUCAAGCACCCGAGGUACGGUGGAAGAAAAAAGUACAACGACAUUGCACUGGUGCGUCUAAAAAAGAAGAUAACAUUUAAUUCUCAUGUCCGCCCAAUAUGCCCAUAUAAUAAAAUGGAUGAUUUAGACGAACGGGUCACCAUGACGAUUGCCGGAUGGGGAGACACAGAAACUGGCUCCCCUUCACCAACUUUGAGGUUUGCGCAUUUAGAAACCGUACCGUUGAUAUCAUGCAAUGCGUCCUAUGCUCCUCUGGUACAAACAGUUUUGAGAACUAAAUUUCCUGAAGGAAUAACAAACACGAUCUAUUGUGCGCAAGGAUCUUUUGUGGAAGAAAUUUUUUCGUACAAAGAUGCAUGUCAAGGCGAUUCUGGCGGACUGUUACAGGCGCCAAGUGACAACUAUCCAGUUUUAGUGGGUGUCAUCUCUACAGGAAUGGGAUGUGGUGGUUCCAAUCCUGGUAUCUAUACCCGUGUUGCUGCUUACUUCGAUUGGAUAAAAAAAACCGUCGGUGAAUUUUGAGAACAAAACAUCAAAACCAAAAACAUGAUGAAAAACAAAAUGGUCUUGCACAUAUGAUUAACAAUGUUUGUCUAUUGUAAACUGUAUCUUAUUGUAAUCAUUCUUAUUGAAGGCCGAAGUCGUAAGUUGGAGGAUUUAUAUUGUAUCAAAUACAUGACUAACUUUUUCAUUACAUGUUUAAAGUUUUACAUCUUUUCCUAAAGCCUAAGAAUUUUGUUCCUUAGAUUAUUGCUUUUUACAACUGGUAGAAUGUUUUUGAUAAAAAAUUCAUAAUUAGUUUACAAUUGUCAUAUAUUCAGCAACAAUACGGGCUGCAUGAACAUAUUUUGCAUCAAAUAAACACACAAAUUAAACAUUACCAUUACCAUUGCACAUUACCUGAAUGCUUUGAAAUGUUCAAUUUGACCACUGUUCUUCAAAACGAUAACUUCGUCACUUUUGCUGAUCUGAUCAACAAACGACUUCGGAUAAUUUUUUAGUUUACUUUUUCACUUCAAUAUAAUCAAAAGAGGGGAAAGCGACAGCUGAGCGGUAGCCCCGGUUAGUAAAUCGGCCCAUGAGUGCCGAGGCUCACCACAUCGACGGCGUGGGUUCGAAUCCCAACCGAGACCGGAUCCUCCCCUGUACGAGAGGACUGACUAUCCACGUACAACAGGGAAACAAGUCUCGUACGCCCUUAACGGGCAGGCAUGACCAAGAGGUCGUUACGCCAAGAAGAAGAAGAAGAUAAUCAAAAGAAUAAAAUGUAUGCACAAU